GGCCAAGGCUUUUCGUGGAAAAAAGGUCCAUGGAGAAUACGACAUAAAGGUGGAACAGGCAGAAUUUUCAGAAAUCAACUUAAUAGCCCAUGCUGAUGGCAAUUAUGCAGUAGAUAUCCAAGUAUUUCGAAAUGGCACUAAACUUGUCAGGUCAUUCAGGCCUGAUUUUGUCCUUGUUCGACAACAUUCAUUCAGUAUGGCAGAAAACGAAGAUUUCCGUAACUUGAUCAUUGGAAUGCAGUACGCAGGCAUCCCUAGCGUCAACUCCCUGGAAUCAAUCUAUAACUUCUGUGACAAACCGUGGGUGGUAAGUGAUGUGCUGAAAAGUUCUUCUGGUGCAAAAAGA